UUGAGAAGUUGAAAAAGACCUGGCAAACGGUUAUGUCACACAUUGGCAAAUGGCAUUACAAAAAUCACAAGUCUACCACCAAAUUCUCCUCUCCAUUCCUCCCCUACUGAUUCUCUCUGCGAAUGACCCUCAUAACACUGCUUCGAAGCACUACCCACUAGAGUUCAACACAUUGAAAUAAUACCACAAAAAAGAAAAGGAAUCAAUAAGGGUAAAUACAUGCAUAAGAAAAACAAACGUUCGUAAUAAUUGAACUGCAAAAUAUGGAUUCGGGGAUCACAUUCUUCUGGUUCUUCUUCUUCUAUACCGCUGUCGUAUUUAGUAGUGUCGCAUCCUAUAACAUCACCGCAGUUCUUGAAAGUUACCCGUCUUUCAGCACGUUCAACGACUACUUAAUCCGAACUGGGAUCGCGACAACCAUCAACUCCCACACGCCUCCUCCUGUCACUGUCUUAGCGGUGGACAAUGCUAACAUCUCCACAUCUCUUUCCGGUACGGCGCUAAAUGUUCUGAAAAAAAUCAUGAGCGCUCAUGUGAUUCUUGAUUACUUUGACGCUCCAAAGCUCCAGAGGUUGGGGAACAGGAGUGUGACGGUGGCAACGCUCUUCAACAGCCGCGGUGAAGCUUUGAAUAAUCAUCAGCAAGGCUACAUAAACAUCACGGGUUUUGGGUCAGGGAACGUUGGGUUCACAGCUGCUGCUCCUACUGCCUUAGGACAGUCCAGUCUAGUUACAUCUCUUGUUUCACAACCAUAUAAUUUCUCCUUGCUGCAGAUCAGCAACGUUAUAGUUCCUUCCGGCAUACAUAAUAACUCUGCAAAUUCCAGUUCCGGGCCUGUUAGUAGCCCAGUCAUGCCGCCCGCUUCAAGCCCAAAAACACCUCCUGCUGCGAGCCCAAGCAGAGCUCCAGGUGGCAGCCCAAGCAGAGCUCCAGACGCAAGCCCGGCAGAGCCUCCUGCGCCUAGCCCUGCCGGUGCAAGCCCAGCCAAGGCUCCUGCUGCAAGCCCAACUAGGCCCCCGGCUGAGAGCCCAACUAGGCCCCCGGCUGCAAGCCCGACGAAGCCCCCCUCCGCACCUAGCCCAAGGAAGAUGAAAUCUCCAGCACCCGCUCCAUCAUCUACAGCGCCCACGCCAACGCCUGCUGCUGCUCCGAACACCCCGGCGGCGGGGAACGACGAAUCCAGUGCCACCACCACUCGACGGAUCCAUGGUUUUCUUGUAGCCGCCGCUACAGUCUCAUCAAAUCUAUUUCUCGUCUUCAUGGUUUGACACAAUCAAAUAGGCUUCUUUUCACACACCUACCCUAAUAAGUUCUGUUCCUUUGUUUCUAGAUGUUCAAAUGAUCUACUUCUUUUCUAGAAGCAGGUGAAAUUAUUUUGAAUGAAUUUGAUGCCUCAUAAAUUCCGAUCAUGUACAACUUCAUUUCUAAUGAAUGGUCGCAUUUUCCCUUUCCAAAUGAUCAAAGCGAUCGAUAUGUGAAAUCAAAUACUUAUUCAAAUAACAACUCAUUAUUGUGGAUGCCUAUAUAUUAACGAGAUUCUAAUAUUUGCACUACACCACAAAAACUGAUACCUGUGCACAGAUACUUGUAGUCUUGUACAAACACUCUUUGGGUGUGGUAGGCGGUUAAUGUCCAUGUGCAAUUGUGCAUACAUCGAUUUCAGUUCCACAAAGUCACAAACGCUGACGCCUCUUCCAAAAAGCAAGAUCUUUGAAUAGACUUUUUUAUCACGCCAAACUUUUUUAAUUUAA